AUAUCCCAAUCCACAACUGAUUCUGAUUCUGAUUCUGAUUCUGAUUCACCUAACCCGAGAAAAAAGAAUCAUGGGCACCGAAACCUCGUCCGUUGAGAUUUCGGAACCUUUGCUUCGCGAGGAAUGUUCGAGCCAGAUCGAGAAGAUUCCAGAAUGGAAGGAGCAAAUAACGGUGAGAGGGUUGGUGGUGAGUGCGGUGUUGGGCAGCUUGUUCUGCAUCAUCACCCACAAACUCAACCUCACCGUUGGUAUCAUCCCUUCUCUCAACGUUGCUGCUGGCUUGUUGGGUUUCUUCUUUGUCAAAACUUGGACUGGCUUCUUGUCGAAGAUCGGUUUUUUCACCAAACCCUUCACCCGACAAGAAAAUACUGUUAUUCAGACCUGUGUUGUUGCUUGCUAUGGCCUUGCCUUCAGUGGGGGGUUUGGUUCGUCCUUGAUUGCAAUGGAUCAGAGAACAUAUGAACUCAUUGGGCCUGAUUAUCCUGGUAAUAGAGCUGAAGAUGUUAAAAACCCAGGCUUGGGUUGGAUGAUGGGUUUCAUGUUUGUCGUCGGUUUCCUUGGACUUUUUAGUCUUGUGCCACUUCGUAAGGUUAUGGUUUUGGAUUACAAGCUUACAUAUCCCAGUGGGACAGCCACAGCAAUGCUAAUUAACAGUUUCCAUACAAAAUCUGGAGCAGAACUUGCAGGGAACCAAGUUCGGCAGCUUGGGAAGUAUUUAAGCAUUAGUUUCUGCUGGAGUUGCUUUAAGUGGUUCUUCAGUGGUAUUGGGGAUUCAUGUGGAUUUGACAACUUCCCUAGCUUUGGUUUGACACUAUUUAAGAACUCAUUCUACUUUGACUUCAGUCCAACUUAUGUUGGGUGUGGUCUUAUCUGUCCUCACCUAGUCAAUUGUUCAGUUCUCCUGGGAGCUAUUAUAUCAUGGGGCUUUCUGUGGCCUUUUGUCUCUCAGCAUGCUGGGGACUGGUAUCCAGCUGACCUUGGUAGCAAUGAUUUCAAAGGUCUUUAUGGAUACAAGGUGUUCAUAUCAAUUGCUCUUAUUUUAGGGGAUGGUAUUUACAAUCUGAUAAAGAUUAUAUUGAUAACCAUUAGGGAGAUGUGGAGGACAAGCUCCCAACAGAACAGCCUUCCUGUUGUGACAGGGGUUCAUGAGGAUGAUAGUUCUCUGCAAUCAGAACAAAAGAUAAGGGAUGAAACAUUUUUGAAGGACAGGAUACCCACCUGGUUUGCAGCCUCAGGAUAUGUUUGCUUGGCUGCAAUAUCCAUUGCAACGAUACCAAUUAUUUUCCCUCCUCUCAAAUGGUACUUGGUAUUGUGCUGCUACAUCCUUGCCCCUGCCCUUGCCUUUUGCAACUCUUAUGGUUGUGGGCUCACAGAUUGGAGUCUAGCAUCCACUUAUGGAAAGAUUGGUCUUUUCAUCAUUGCAGCAGCAGUUGGCCAAAAUGGCGGUGUAAUAGCUGGGGUAGCAUCUUCUGCUGUGAUGAUGUCCAUUGUUGCAACUGCUGCUGAUCUCAUGCAAGAUUUCAAGACAGGUUACCUCACCCUCUCAUCACCAAAGUCCAUGUUUGUGAGUCAGUUGAUAGGAACAGCCAUGGGUUGCAUAAUUGCUCCUCUCACAUUCUGGAUGUUUUGGACUGCCUUUGAUAUUGGUUCACCUGAUGGCCCCUACAAAGCACCAUAUGCCGUUAUAUUCAGGGAAAUGGCCAUACUAGGCGUGGAGGGAUUCUCAGAGCUUCCAAAGUAUUGCCUGGAAAUGUGUGGUGGUUUCUUUGCAGCAGCCCUGGUUAUUAAUCUUCUAAGGGAUGCGACUCCGAAGAAGUUUUCACAAUAUAUACCUAUCCCAAUGGCAAUGGCAGUUCCUUUUUACAUUGGUGCUUACUUUGCAAUUGAUAUGUUUGUUGGAACUGUGAUAUUGUUUGUAUGGGAGCGGUGGAAUAGAAAGGAUGCAGAGGACUAUGCUGGAGCAGUUGCUUCUGGUUUGAUAUGUGGUGAUGGGAUAUGGACAAUUCCUUCUGCAGUUCUUUCUAUUUUGAGGAUCGAUCCCCCCAUCUGUAUGUACUUUGGGCCUUCUGCAAGUAUCUGAAAUAAGCAACUUUUGGCUGUGUUUGGAUUGUUGCAAAGUGAUGGAAUAGAAUGGAAUUUAAAAUGUUCCAUAUUUCGAAUUUGUUAAAUUAGAAUAGAAUGGAAAUGGAUCCAAUCCAUACCAUCCAAAAUUCUAAUUUUUAUUCCUUCUCAAUUUGAGGAUAUGCGAUGGAACCAAACUGAGUUUCCAUUUCGUUGUAAUAUAUCCCAACAAUAGAGUGGUAAUUUUAGUUCAUUCUAUUGCAUUUCACUUUGUUUAUUAUUAGAUAUCUAAACACAGCCAAUUUUCAGUGAACAUGUUAAACUACGAUGUAUUUUUAUUUGCCUCGUCUGUAAAUAAUUGGAUAUAAGAUCCCAGGAAUGUCUACAUUCCGUUUCCUCUGUAUUUCAU